CGCUGUGUGCUCCUCCAGCAGCUGAAGGGCACCAAGGGAGUUCUGAAGCAAAGGGUGUCCCGCGCCGCCAGAAUGGUGUAUUCUAAAAACUACAAAUACCCCACAGAUGAAGAGCUGACGGUGCAGGAGAUUGAUCUAUCUUUGCCGGUUUUGAGAGCGACGGCGCUGUUUGUUGGCAAGGCAUGCGACGACGAGAGUAAGGAGUUCAUGCUUUGUCGGAGUGAAACUCUGGACCCACGGAAAUGUCUCGCAGAGGGUCGCGCCGUCACCGCUUGUGGGCUGCGGUUCAUGCAGAAACUCAAAGCGGCGUGUAUGAAAGAAGUUGAGGCUCAGGCAUCGUGCCUCGAAUAUGCCGGCGGGGCUAUGAUCGCCAAUCGCUGUCGCGAAACCGAAGCACCAAUGGAGAAGUGUAUUUUCGAGGCUACAGGCAUAAAGAAACCUCACCUGGGAUAUUUCUCCAUGCCCCGCAUUCAUCAUACAGAAAGGGAGAAACCCGUCAAUCCACUAUCUACGCGAGUCUACCAGACGCCUCCCGGUUUCGAAUCGGCUCCGGACGAGAUCAAAAACAUGAAAGUCAACAUUUAGUACCUAUUUUUAAGGGGACUCGGCUAGAUCUUAGAUAGUUCUGGGGAGGAGCACGAUUGCGUUAUCGUUCCGUGUUCACUGAUGACUGAUGAUUCGGUUGCCGGAAUGAUUGGAGAGAGGUUGAUGGAUGAGUCAGUGAGAUUCCGACAGCCGACCGAGUCGGAGAGAUUGAACUGUUCGAAUAAAAAAGAAAAACCAUGGUCGAUA